AUGGCAUCGUCCAAAGUGCCUCUCAUCCAUAAUCCCCACUAUUGCAAGUCGGGAGUUAAAUCCUAUACCUAUUUAAUGCGCAAAUACCAUUUCCAGCCCACUCGAGAUGGCCCCUAUUCCAUUGGUCGUACUAUCCACCAGACUGGUCGGCCCUUUUCCAGUAAACCGGUGGGUGGUAGAGUCCGUUUUCACGAUAUUAUGCAAAAGCAGUUUUCCGACAAGGAGCUGCAGCAGGUGGACGCAGACGACAUCCAAAACGACACCCUCUAUCUCGUUCCAGUCUCUAUUGGAACACCCCCUCAGUCCCUGAAUCUCGUCCUAGAUACAGCGUCCACCGACCUCUGGGUUUGCAUCCCACUGCCCGAACAACUCCCAGUCUCUACUGACUUCCAGCAGAUGCGAUCUACCGGUCUGCCCUCUAGUACACUGUCGCAAGACAACAGACGCCACCAUGCCUUUGAUUCGUCGAAAUCGCGCACUUUCUCUCCUGCUGAACAGUCCACGUGGAAACGAUCCCACUUGGACAACUCUUCUGCCUCUGGCUACAUUGGAACCGACAACGUCACCUUCGGAAACGUACUCAUCAAAUCCCAACACAUCGGCCUUGCCACUUCUCUAUCAUCGGGAUUUGAGCAAGCCACAGCUGAUGGCCUCGUAGGACUAGGCUUUGGGAAUAUAGAAAAUGUCUACCCAGAAGCCAAAGGCCUAGUCGAGACCCUACUUACGCAAGAUGUCCUACCAUCCUCCACCAAGCUAUUCAGCGUGAAGUUUGGUGUCCGGGAUGAUUCCGACCAAGACACACCGCCGUUUGUCACAUUUGGGUGCAUUGAUGAAGAAACCAUUCACCGAUACCGCGAAGACAUACACUACACACAUAUUGACAACAGCCACCACUUCUGGAUGUUCGAUUCCACCGCUGCGUCUAUUUCUGGAACUCCGAUCAGUAGACCCCUGAAUAAAGCUAUUAUUGAUACUGAUGCCGCUCUUACAUUGCUUGAUGACCAAACAUGCCAGGCUAUCUAUGAUGCCAUUCCAGGGGCGCUCUACGAUAGUGAUUAUCAGGGGUUUAUAUUCCCAUCUGAUACUGGCUCUCAUCAGAGACCUACUGUGGAACUGGACGUGGGAGGGAAGCUGUUCCGCAUGUCAAACCGUAGUCUGGGAUUUUCUGAAGUCAAGUCUGGAUAUUUAUAUGGGGCGAUUCAGAGUCGUGGAUCCUUGGAAUAUGAUGUCCUUUCUACUACGUUUUUAGAAGGGUUAUAUGCUGUUUUUGACGUUGGUAAUCUUCGCUUUGGUGCCGUGCAGACCAUUUAA